UUCCUCACAUUGGUGUGUUUUAAAUAAUAUAAUUUGUAUUAAAACCAUAUUUAUUCGCAAUUAUUUAUUGAAAAGAUAUUACAUUUUUGUUAAUGGUUAUAAAGGAUCAAAACGCAAAAGAGCUCAACCGGUUCAUUUAAAUGAAUUCCAUUUGGAAACAACAACAGGUGCUGAACAAGACGAUCAAAUUAAUGCUUCAGAUUCAGUAGAAUUAUAUUAUAGACGCACAGUUUACUUUCCUAUUAUUGAUACUAUUAUCAAUAACCUAAAAUACAGGUUUUCCGAAGAAAGUCUUGAAAUGGCCAGUUCAAUUGACUGUUUUAUGGAAAUGGACUAUGAAAAGAGUCAAUACUUCAUAAAUCAUUAUAAAGUUGUUAUGAAUAUCAAUUUGAAUUUGUUGAAAUCGGAAAUGCUUGUUUUAAAGAACUGCUUACCUUCCAAUUAUAAUCAUGACAUUAUUAAAGAUACUUGUAAGGAGCCCGCAUUUCCAAACGUGUAUAAAAUGUUACAAGUAGCUCUUACAAUUCCGGUGAGUUCUGCUACGUGUGAGAGAAGCUUUUCGUCAAUGCGUCGUCUAAAAAACUGGCUAAGGGCAAGCAUGGAGCAACAGCGUUUUACAGAUUUAGCAAUAUUAAAUAUUGAAAGAGAUGUUGUUAAUAAAAUUACUUCUUCAGAAAUAUUGGAAAAGUAUUCCACUAGUAAUAGAAAAAUAAUAUUAGUAUGA